UAUUGAUAUGGAACGAAGAGACCAGCAUACAGAAUCUUGAGAAGGAAGAACAGGGGUUGAUAAUAAAGAUGCUAGAGAAGUAAAAUAAUCAAUGAAGAUAUCAGGAAGGUUUAUGGAAGAAUUUUGAUAUAUUAUUGUCGAAAUAUCUAAAAAUAUCACAGAUUUUGAUCUUAUUAAUCCUUUUUCUAAUACCAGUCAAAGGAGAAGACAUCCUCAAAUCAAGCGACUUAUCAGAACAAGACAGCUACCUCUGAGGAACACAGAUAUAUAAACUGGAUAAUGAACAGAGUGGACAUAAGAUUGGAUUUGGUGGAGCAGAUGCAGUGAAUGGGUGAUGGAUUAAGGUGAAGGUUAGUGAGGAGGUGUAUGAAGGAGUUGGUGUGGAGAUUUUUGGUAUCACAGGAGAGGGGGUCUUGGAGUUUUAUGUGAGGAGAUCAGAGGAAGAUUAUAUGAUGAUUAGGAGAUUUGAUAGUUUGGGAAAGGUGACUUAUCAAGGGGGUGAUUUGGAAGUAAUGAAAGAGGAAGAUAUUGGAAUUGAGUUAUUAUUUAUUCCUAUUUUUGAAAAUGUUGGUAAAAUAGGAGCAAGAGUUUCAGGAAUAGAAAAGCCAAAAGAUGCGAGGAUAUCCACUUGGGCAAUUGUUGGAAUUAUUCUUGGUGGAGCUUGUGGAAUUUGAAUAAUAGCAGCAGGCAUUAGAGUUAUUUACCAAUACUAUAAAGCAAAAGUUCAAAGAAUAAAUCAUAGAAAAGUUCAUUCUGAAGUUCAAGAUAUCCAGAGAAACAUUCAAAACCAAUCUCAUAACAUUGAAGACCAAAGUGUCUCUUUCGAACAAGUAGCAUGCUACAACAACUACUUAAUCUACAAAGAGGGUCAAAAUCCUUCCAAGCCUGACAAACCAACCAAAAAGCCUGCCUUUCAAUCUAGUCAUAUGGACUAUGACCAAAUGCACACCGGGAAUAUAAUUUCCCUGUCCACCUUCAAGCCAUCCAGGAGUCCAACCGAAGACCUACAAAUGCUGAGCCAGAUUGGGCUAAUCAGGCUAGACUAGAAGUAAAAAUAAAUCGUGUCAUUUCA